AUGCAGAUUCAGUCGGCUACGGAGGCGAUGAUGUGCAGAGCCUUCUCGAUAACCCUCUCUGAAGCAACCCGAAAUUGGUACCGACAACUCAAGCCAAGGUCAAUUAACACAUUUGCUGAGCUCAACAGAGCAUUCAUGACACAAUUCAUCGUCGGCAAGAAGAGUUGUAAGUCGUCGGCUCACCUGCUUACCCUCAACCAGGGGAGCAAUGAGUCACUGAAGGAGUUCAUUUCUCGCUUUAACGAGGAAACUCUACAAGUAGACGAUUACGACGAGAAGAUGACCUUGUACGCCUUAACUAGUGGACUCAAAGAGGGAAAAUUCCUCUUCUCCAUAGGGAAGAGCCCACCGACCACUAUGAGCGAAUUCAUGAGUCGAGCCCAGAAAUACAUGGCAGCCAGACUGCUGAGCACUCAUCCAAAGAGAAGAAGCGAAAAGAUGAAGCAGAAGCGCCAUAGCAAGCUAGCAAGAGGAGGUCAGAUGACGACGCUGAGCACCGAGAUAAGCGCAAAUACUGUCGCUUCCACCACGAUCACGACCACAAUUAAUACUAGUGAUUGCGUCGACCUGAAGGAGGAGAUAGAGACCCUCAUUCGCAAGGGUCAUUUGUGUCAGUAUCUGAAAGAGGAGAAACCCACUCAAAAGGAUAGUCAGUCAAGCAGGGCUGAAGAAGAAACUACAGAGAUAUGGAAGAUCUACGGCGGACCGUCUGGAGGUGGUGACUCGAAUAGGGCUCGGAAGGCAUACUCUCGGAGCUCCGACCCUGAGCAUCAUGUCUGUUCAGCUGAAAGGCUGAGGAAAGAGCUUCGAGUAAACCCUUACAAUCUAACCUUCACAGAGGAUGAUGCGCGCGGGAUCCAACAUCCUCAUGACGACGCCCUGGUGGUGGCUAUGACAAUAACUAAUCACAAGGUCAUCAAACACCACCUCAAGACGAGGUUGAAGAAAACUAAAGGUAACUGGGCGAACAAGCUUUCAUCCGUUCUUUGGGCUAACAGGACCACAACCCAGUCAUCUACAGGGGAAACCCCCUUCUCACUGUCUUAUGGCUCCAAGGCGAUUGUUCCAGUCGAGGUCGGCCUCCCCAUAGCGUAG